UUACCAAAUGGCCACAUAAAAAGCGCGUACUGUGGUUGCCCAGCAGGUGUGGACGGUCGAUGUAAUCAUAUCGCGGCAACCUUGUUUGGACUUGAGGAAUUCUGCAAGCAACGUGAAAAGCAGCAGCAAGAACAGACCUCUCGAACGUCCCAACCUUGCACUUGGAAUGUUCCCCGUAAAAGGAAAGGAGAGGUACUGCCCAUAAGCCAAAUGAAAUUUAAGAAGCAUGAACAUGGGAAAGAAAAGAAAGACCGAGAAUCUGAAGUUAAGCGCGAUAAGGACGUGAGAGCCCCCCACCGAAGGGAAUGGUCCAACACCAGACGAUAUAAUGUGUUGACUUCUGUUCUCUGUGUUCAAGAGGAAACGGGGCAAACUAUAGGUCUUAGUCAUAUUUUACCUCUAAAGACAAGUAACAAUUUAAAAGAAAUAAUUGGCAAAGAACAUAGCUAUUGUAGAGUAGAUAGCACAGUUCAAGAUAGAGAAAGCACUGGUGAGUCUGUUCACAAAGAAUCAGCCCCUGAAAGCUUCGCUUCAAGUCAAACGGAAGUUCCUGAAUUAAACAGUCAUCCUUUUUCAAUGGAUAUGCUGCAAAAUGAAUGCCAAAACGUCAAGCGGAAAUUAUUUCUCAAUGAGGAAGAAGCAGCAGAGGUAGAAAAAAACACUCGAGGCCAGUCAGCAGACCCUCUUUGGCAUGACAGUCGGAACCAAAGAAUCACAUCAUCAAAGUGUUACAGAUGUGCUGUACUUAAGGAUACCACAUCCCCAACAAAAGCAAUACAAGAGGUUCUAGGGUACAAACAGUUUGCUCAAACUAAGGAAAUGAAGGAGGGUCUUUCUAAAGAACCAGAAAUUAUACAAGAAUUUUUAAAUACUAUGAAUGAAAAUGGACACAAAACAAUAAAAGUAGAGAGAUCAGGACUUAUUGUAAGUACCUUACAUGGUUUUCUGGCAGCUAGUCCAGAUGGUUUGGUAAAGGACCCCUCACACGAACCACCCGAGGGAAUGUUAGAAAUGAAGUAUAUUCAAAUGAAAGAGGACGAAACACUCAGGCAUUGCUAA